CCCAGACCAGAAGGAAAAGGAGUGAGAAUAAGACGGGAACAAGCGAGACAAAGCCAGGAGGCUGCAGAGACAUGGCCCUUGGAGACGUCAGCGGAGAAACGAAGACAAUCCAAGCACUUCCGGUGACUCCCGGAUGUGAAGGCUCCUAAGCUCCUCCGCCGGCGGAGGGCCAAGGCGAAGGAUGGCCGGGCAGGCCGCGCGGCUGGUGCUGCUGGCCGGAGUGGCCACGCUCGCCAGCGGCUCCCAGGGCGACCGCGAGCCGGUGUACCGCGACUGCGUGCUGCGGUGCGAGGAACGGAACUGCUCGGGGGAAGCGCUGAACCACUUCCGCUCCCGCCAGCCAAUCUACAUGAGCCUAGCAGGCUGGACCUGCCAGGACGACUGUAAGUAUGAGUGUAUGUGGGUUACCGUCGGCCUCUACCUCCAGGAAGGCCACAAAGUGCCUCAGUUCCAUGGCAAGUGGCCCUUCUCCCGGUUCCUGUUCUUCCAAGAGCCAGCGUCUGCCGUGGCCUCUUUCCUGAACGGGCUGGCCAGCCUGGUGAUGCUCUGUCGCUACCGCACUUUUGUGCCAGCCUCCUCUCCCAUGUACCCCACCUGCAUGGCCUUCGCCUGGUUAGUUUCCAGGAAGAAGGCAUCCACUGCUCCCCGGGGCCCAUGGCCACCCCAGCCUCUCCAGCCCUGCUCCUGGCCUCUCCCAGACUCGGGGCAGCUGCCACCGGGCCAGCCCGACCAGGAGGAAGCUGGGCCCGGCUGGCGGCUGGCGGAGCCGCCUCCUCCUCAGAGACUUGGCCCCAGUGGGAUCUGCCCGAUCUCCCUCCCUGGCUUGCCGCUCCAGACACACCCCAAGCUGGCUCGCACCCCUCCACCCCACCCACUUCAUUCCCGCCCCCAGAGGCUGAGGUCACCGGCUCCCCUGGCCCAGGUCUCCCUCAAUGCGUGGUUCUGGUCCACAGUCUUCCACACCAAGGACACGGCCCUCACCGAGAAAAUGGACUAUUUCUGCGCCUCCACCGUCAUCCUCCACUCCAUCUACCUGUGCUGUGUCAGGCCUGGUGAACUUGGUGUGGUGGCUGGCCUGGUGCCUGUGGAACCGGCAGCAGCUGCCUCACGUGCGCAAGUGCAUGGCGGUGGUCCUGCUGCUGCAGGGGCUGUCGCUGCUCGAGCUGCUGGACUUCCCGCCCCUCUUCUGGGUCCUGGAUGCCCACGCCAUCUGGCACAUCAGCACCAUCCCCGUCCACGUGCUCUUUUUCAGCUUCCUGGAAGAGGACAGCCUGUACCUGCUGAAGGGAUCGAAGCUGGACUGAAGGCCUGGGAGCCAGUCUGCCCUCAUGGAGACUCUGCCCGCCCCCUGCUGGCUCCUCUUCUCCCCAGCCCUUGCGAUGAUUUAUCUUUUGAACUUAGAUGCGGAGGGUGUGGGCUCAGAAUCAUGUCAUAGGCCCAUCACCCACCUCGCUCGCCCCACAUGGCCCUCACAGGCAUAAGUGUGUUGGGGCCUGGCCUCUGGGCCUCUGGGGCUAGGGAAUGGGCAGCCCCUCUGGUUCCUGAACUGAACUGUGUUCUUAGCUCCGCCCAGAGGAGAGCUGCCCCUGCUUUCCCGUCAGCCACCUCCUCACAUCCCCUCCCCGCCUGGUGGUUGCCAGAGACUAACUGUCCAGCUGGGAGACAGGGUACCAGGCCUUGGAUGCAUGGGAUUUCCUCCUGUUACCCCGUGCAUCCUCCGGGGACCGCUAGGUGGCGCUAGACGCUUGCUCUUUGGCUGCCCUGUUUCCAGGCCGAUGCAUUCCACCCCGUGGGGGUCUUGAGAGGCCAAAGCAGUUGGGACUGGUGGGCACAGGCCUGGGUGUGCGGGAUGCUGGGUGGGGCAGUGUGUGUAAACCCGGCCUGGUGCAGUGUGGAGAGUG